AUGACCUUGCGUUAUGCCGAAGGUGAUUUCGCGUGCAAGGAGUGUGGCGGCACUCGUCUGGAGUACGAUGACAACAAAUUCUGUUGCCUCACGUGUGGCACAGUCCACGACUGCUGGGAUCCCUUGGGGCUCAGCAGCAUCGACGAGGAGGAACACGUGGAUGUGAGUGUCUUCGAGACCCGGACGAAGAAGGGCGUCAAGGUGUACGAAGCGAGGCACACACAUAUCGUGGACCUCAGCCGACACCGUUGGCGCCGGACCGUCCGCAUUCGCACCGCAGGUCACCGUCAAGAGCUGCGGUGUACUUCACUUUAG